AGGGAGAGAAUCAGAAGAGAGAAUUCAUUCCCCUCGCCGCACACGAUUCAAUGUCUUGAUACAAGCAAAUGAUAACAAACGUAGGUUAUUAACGUUUGCGUCCAUAACAGCGGGCGAAUAUUAUGCACACAGUGAUGGGAAAAGGAGAAACGUAAAAAAAUUCUUGGUUAAUCAUCCAUCACCACGAUGGAAAGUACGAGCGACAAGUUUUUCUACGUGUAUAGUUCUUCAUUAGAUACCAGAAUACAAAUUAAAAUAGGCACAUUAGAAGGUAAGAGACAGAUGCCGGAAUAUGAUCAACUACUUCGAGAUCCUUUGCUCAAGUAUUCUGGUUUGUAUGAGACUGGUGGAGUCUGUGGAGAUUUAGCUGCAUCCUUACAAGUGUGGGCUGGUGGCAGGCCACUAGCUCUACCAGUACUUACAGCUUAUAAACAUUUUACUAAGCGCUGGAACUGGAAUCAGUGGGUCUAUCUGCCACUCUCUUACACGGAUCUGCCACGUGAUGCCCAACUGUGCAUAACUCUGUACGAUUGUGCAGGACCUGGUAGACAAAUACCAGUAGGUGGCACAACUAUAUCACUCUUUGGAAAACAUGGAGUUUAUCGACAAGGUAUGUUGGAUCUCAGAGUAUGGCCUGGGGUAGAAGCAGAUGGGGGAGUUCCUACUAGUACACCAGGGAAAGCCAGAGAUGAUGGAAAGGAGCAAAUGCAAAGGCUGGCAAAACUUGUUAAAAAACACAGAAAUGGGCAGAUAAACAAAAUUGACUGGCUGGAUAGAUUAACUUUUAGAGAGAUUGAAUUGAUCAAUGAGAAAGAGAAACGAGCAUCCGAAUAUCUAUACUUGAUGAUAGAAUUUCCAGAAGUAACAAUGGAUGGUGUACCGUACUCGAUUGUGUAUUAUGAAAAAGAUGGUGAUGAGGUGUUCCAACAUAGAUUACAACCAGAUGUUGUGACACUUCCUGACUAUGAAAUUUUACAAGAGAAUCUUGUAGAAGCAAAACAUCAUAAAUUAGCUCGCAGUUUACGUAGCGGCGGUAAUACUCGCGAAUUAAAACCUACUUCAACUGUACGAGACGCUUUAAAUACCAUAUUGGGAUAUCCGCCGACAACUGCGCUUUCUACGGAGGAACAGGAUUUGAUAUGGAAAUACAGGUUUUACUUGUCUACUCAGAAAAAAGCAUUGACCAAAUUUGUAAAAUGUGUUAACUGGAAAGUUGCGGGUGAGGAACGUCAAGCCUUGGAGAUGCUUGCUAUAUGGUUGCCACCUGAUUCCGAAGACGCCUUAGAACUGCUAGGACCCGCGUUCACUCAUCCGGCUAUCAGAAGAUACGCGAUCACCAGACUGAAUCAAGCGCCUGAUGACGAUCUUAUGUUAUACUUAUUGCAAUUGGUGCAAGCCUUGAAGUAUGAAGAUUUCGAAAGCAUUAAGGCUGCUUAUCAAGCUAUGUUGAAGGAAAAAGAAGACGGAUUGGAAUCAAAAAGUUGGAGUAGUGAAAAAUUAGAAAAAGGCGAACGAGAAAAAACGGAAAAGUUAGAAAGAAACGAUAAAUUAGAUAGAGAUAUAAGAAGUAGCGAUUCCAUGUCUACUCCGGUCACAACUUCUAGCGAAUCGGAAAGUCAAUUAUCGACAAAUCAAGAACCACUGAUGGAUUUAGCAUCGUUCUUAAUUACACGAGCUUGUCAAAACUCAAUGUUGGCUAAUUAUUUUUAUUGGUAUCUGUCUAUUGAGUGUGAGGAACAAGCGGAUCCUGCAAUAAGCGCGAAACAAGAUACGCGAGUCAAAGAAAUGUAUGUCACUGUAAUGAAAAUGUUUUCCAUGACGUUAUCGCAGGGAAACGCCGUUUGGCAAAAAAGAAGUGCGUUUCUGUUACGACAGAAAGUGUUCAUCGAUCAAUUGGUAUCUCUAGUAAAAGCUGUCGCGCGCGAGAGCGGAAACCGAAAGAAGAAGACCGAUAGGUUGAGAACAUUACUGACGGAUCCGGAUCCGGCGUUCAAGAUUAAUUUCUCGAAUUUCGAGCCAAUACCUUUUCCUUUAGAUCCCGAGAUUUGCAUCAAAGGAAUUAUUCCAGAAAAGGCGAGUCUUUUCAAAUCGGCGCUGAUGCCAUCUAAACUUACAUUUUUAACAACGGAUAAUACCGAAUACAUUGCUAUUUUUAAGCACGGAGACGACUUACGACAAGACCAAUUAAUUUUACAAACAAUAGCGCUUAUGGAUAAAUUACUAAGAAGAGAGAAUUUAGAUUUGAAGUUAACUCCAUAUAGGGUACUCGCAACAAGCACUAAACACGGUUUUGUACAAUUUAUCGAAUCCACAACGGUUGCGGAAGUUCUAGCCAGUGAAGGAUCGAUAUUGAACUUCUUUCGAAAGCAUCAUCCUUCAGAAACCGGACCUUACGGAGUAGUACCUGAAGUCAUGGACACUUAUGUCCGUAGUUGCGCUGGCUAUUGCAUAAUAACGUAUGUGCUGGGCGUCGGCGAUCGUCAUUUGGAUAAUUUAUUACUCACAGCAUCAGGCAAACUUUUUCAUAUCGAUUUUGGCUAUAUUUUGGGCAGAGACCCGAAGCCUUUGCCUCCUCCGAUGAAGCUCAGCAAAGAAAUGGUCGAAGCGAUGGGCGGCGUUGGCUCAGAGCAUUAUCAUGAAUUUCGGAAACAGUGCUAUACGGCGUUUCUUCAUUUGCGAAGACACGCCAAUCUGAUAUUGAAUCUGUUCUCGCUUAUGGUGGACGCCAGUGUGCCGGAUAUUGCUCUUGAACCGGAUAAAGCUGUGAAAAAGGUUCAAGACAAAUUACGACUGGACCUGUCCGAUGAAGAAGCUGUGCACUAUGUACAUAAUCUUCUCGACUUGUCAGUCACUGCGGUAAUGGCUGUGUUGGUGGAGCAACUUCAUAAAUUCGCACAAUAUUGGAGAAAGUAAUAAGAUGAAAUCAAUGUACAGCGAAAUCACGCAAACUGUGUUCCUUUCUAAAAAAUGUUAGACAUUAUUAAUUGUAUAUACGAUGUAUUCAUAUAACAGUAUCAAUAAUAUAAUAAAAACAUAACUUAUUGUAUAAUA